AUGCCCUUCGAAGAGAGCAGCGGCUUCCCAGAGCUCUUUGAGUACCUGGAGCAGCAGCCGCAACGCUACGGCGUGGAGUUGUUCGGCGUCUCGGUGACGACGCUCGAGGAAGUCUUCCUCCGCGUGGGCCGCGACCACACCGAGGCUGACGUGGCGGCGGACGAGCGUCUGCAGCAGGCCAGUUUCGUGCGCCAGAUCUCCGAGGAACGGGAGUUUCGGGCACGCCAGAUCUCCACGGAGGCAACGGAGGGCAACGGGGCAACGGAUGACGCAAGGGGCUCUUCCCGCGAUGUAUCUGCUGCUGAGCCCUUGAAUGUCAACAGGAUCGACAUGACAGCGAGCUUCGGAAAGCACGUGCACGCCCUGUUGACCAAGCGCUACCACAACGCGCGGCGCGAUCGGAAGGCGUGGUGCUGUCAGAUCAUUCUGCCGUUGAUCUUUCUGCUGGCCGCCCUGCUGACUAUGCGCUUUGCGGGCAUCGGCAACUACCAGGCGGCCUCCUUGAGUCCUCUGCAGCUGCCGGGUCCCCAACAGCUGCUGGUGGCCGCCGGCCACGGCGUGGCGCAAAGCGAGGCUGCGGCCUUGCUGCAGCAGUGCAGCGUGCCGGUGGAGGAGGUGGCGGAUUCCAUGAACGCCACCGCCUUCAGCAACUACUUGGAGCAGGGUUACUACCGCAGCGAUGGCACGGAACGCUGGGGCGCGGUGCGAGUGGUGUCCAUUCCGGACUGGUCGCUUCCCAAUACGUCGCACCAGGUGGGGCGCUUUGAGGUGGCCGGCUUCGCAUCGCCCGGGAAGGUGCUCUCGAAGAACUUGAACUUCACCGUGCCGGUGGGGACCCUGUGGGAGGAGAAGGCCACAACGCUGGGCGGUGCGUCAGUGCCUUUGAGCCAACUGAACAACCGACUGCAGGUGGACCUCUUCUGGAACUCCUCGGCGCGCGACGCGCUGCCCAUGUUUUAUCAGACGCUGAACGAAGCGGCGCUGCGCCGAGCCCUCGGGGAGGACGUGCUGAAGGAUUCCAAGAUCUUGAUGAGCAACCAACCUUUCCCACUGACCAGUGCACAGAAAGAUCUGACGAACACUCAGACCUCUUUGAACUUAGCCUUGGGCUUCGCCUUCAUCCCCGCCUCCGUGGGCGCCUUUGUGGUCUUGGAACGGGAGACGGGCAGCAAACAUCUGCAGGUCAUCAGCGGAGUGAACUUCGUGAGCUACUGGUUUUCCACCUGGAUUUGGGACAUCCUGAAUUACCUGGUGGCCGCCUCCCUUUCCGUGCUCCUCAUCGCUGCCUUUGGCGUCGACUCUUUGAUCAGUGCUGAGACUUUGCCCUGGACCUGUUUGUCGGUGCUGAUGUACGGAGUCAGCUGCACAUCUUUCACCUACAUGUUGUCCUUCCUCUUCAACUCCCACACUGCGGCGCAGAAUUUGCUGUUGAUUGUGUACCUCUUCACCGGUGGAAUUCUCAUGAUCGUGACCAUCAUCUUGGCCAUCCUGCCAUCCACCAAGGAUCUGGCACAAAAUGUGCUGAUCUACCUCUUCCGGAUUUUGCCCAACUUUUGUUUGGCGGAUUCCCUGACGAAUCUCAUCACCCGGCAAAACCCUGGGCUCUGGCUGGACAAGGGCUGUCCCUUCGAGGGCUGUGCUCCCUACGAUUUGGUGAUCACCGGUUAUGAUUUGCUGUACAUGGGCGUGGGCAGUUUGCUGUGGUUCCUGGCCACUCUGCUCUUGGAACUGGCCUUCGCCACCCCCAAGCUGCGCGCCUGGCUGCAGAUCCGCCGGGUGGAUGUGCCGCGGGGAGAUGAAGUUCCUUUGGAUCGACAUGUACAGCUGGAGAAGGA